UUGUUUUUCCAGAUCGAGGCCUACGGCUCCCGAAAAAGCCGCUCUUACAUCGAUGACGAAGCCUUCGAUCAAGUUGUGUGUCUGCAUUUACAAGUAAUUUACCACAUAAAUGUGUCCCACAACUACGAGGCUGCCUACACUACUCAUACGCAGAUAAUGCAAACAUUUAAUAAGGAAGUGCUGCAGAAGAAAAAGGAAGUGAACUGGUUUAUUCCGAUUUUUCAUCAGUUGUGCCGCGAUCUUUUGAAUAUAGCUAAAAUGAAGAGCAGAUCCAUCUACAACAAAGAAGAUAGCUAUUCUCAAUAUGACCAAUCAAUUGUUUCGUAUCUAUUUCAAGUCGAUCUGUUACAGAUUAAUAAGUUGAACCUACUGAAAACCUUUGAUUCGUGCGAUUGA